AAAUUUCUCUGCAAGAACUUUUGCUUUCGGUUGACGAAGCAAAGCCUAAGAAAGCGUUUUGAUAAAGUUAUGGGGAAUCAGAUGCAGAACAGUAUCUCAGCUAAAGGAAAUCAUGAGUUGCUAACGAUUUUCACGUUUGAAAUCAAUAACUUCUCCGAGAAGAAAGCUUCGUUUAUGUCUCCAACGUUCUUAGGUGGUGGAUCUGAAUGGUAUGUUCAAGUUCAACCCAAUGAAAAAGAUUUUGGUGGUUACUUGCGUCUGUACCUUUGCGUUCAGAAUCCUAAAUUGCUUCUAACUGGAUGGAGAACGCGAGCUCGUUAUCGCUUUGUUUUGUUGAAUCAAUCCGGAAAAGAGCUCUACAGAGCUGCUGAAACAUCAAGCUUGUUCUGCGCUCAGUUCCGAAUGUGGGGUGAUAGGACUUUGCCUCUUAGCAAGCUGAAAGAGGAAGGAGUUUUGGAGAAUAACAAACUGAUCAUUAGAGUCGAAGUUAAAGUAACUGAAGAAGGAUAUGUAACUGGGAAGGAGACCUUUGAAAUCAAAGGUUUUGAGGUUCCUUCUACUCAGGCUAGAUCUGCUGCUGCUAAUCAACCUUUGUCGUUUGAUGACAUUGUUUAACAUCAAAAUCAAGUUUGGUGUUUCAUAAAUAUCUCUGGGAUUUUGCAUUACUAUGUUGGUCGUUUCAUCACUUUUCCUUAGUUCAAGUGUUUGAUUGAAAGCAACGAAACCCAAACAAAGUUUACUUGCAACAAAAGCGUUUUAUUUUA